AGCUAAAGCUUAACGUCGAGCACUGAUAUUUGUUUUUUUUUUUAUACAGACUAGUUUGUUCAGAAAAGUUUUGUGAUCGUUGUAAAUUGAAGUCAUAGUUAUUGAUUCUUAUAUCUGUUUAGUAUAUUUUGUGUGUCCUAAAUCGCUUCAUAAGAAUGGCCAAAAUACAAACCAUUUGCUUUAAUAAGUCAGUAUUGGGACUGCUGCGUUGUAAACGCGCAUUGUUCCAUGUACCCAGAGCGCGCUAUAUGCAGGUCCGCCACAAGUGCGAACAUAAAGGUAUUGUCGUUGGCGUCUAUCUCAAGGAUGGUGAAAAGGCUCCCCAGUUGACGGCCAACGGCGAGAGAUUCGACAUUCGUGUUAGCGGAAAAAUCGGCGAACUCAUCAAGGAGACGAACAUGGAUGGAGAACUUGGCAAGGGCAGGUUGUUCAGCAACUUGGACAAUGAGUUCUUAACGGUGGCUGUCGUCGGCCUUGGCAAGGAAGGCGUUGGCUAUGAUGCUGAGGAGGCACUUGAUGUGGGCAUGGAGAAUGUACGUGUUGCCGCCGCUGUAGGCUCUCGAGCGCUGCAGCAUCAUGGAGCCGACUCUGUUCAUGUCGAUGGCAUGGAGUAUCCAGAGCAAGCGGCAGAGGGAGCAGCCAUGGCCGUAUGGCGCUAUAACAUCAACAAGCGCAAGAGUAACCGACUUGAAGUGCCCAAAGUAGAGUUAUAUGGAUCGGAAGAUGUUGAUUCAUGGACACGUGGUCUCUUCAAGGCGGAGUCCCAGAACCUGGCCAGGCGGCUCUCCGAAACGCCGGCCAAUCAAAUGACACCAACAAUUUUCGCACAGUCAACUAUAGAUUCGCUCUGUCCCUGUGGCGUAGCCGUAGAUGUGCGAUCUAUGGAGUGGAUUGAACAGCAAGGUCUCAAUUCAUUUCUGAUGGUCGCCAAAGGCUCGUGUGAACCGCCUCUUGUGCUAGAGAUCUCUUAUGUUGGCACUUCGCCCGAGGAUAAACCGCUGCUUUUAAUGGGCAAAGGAAUAACGUUCAAUAGCGGUGGUCUCUGCCUCAAGCCAAAGACGGGGUUAGACGAAUAUCGAGCCGACGUCAGUGCUGCAGCGGCCGUGGUGGCAACGAUUCGGGCAAUCGCAGCUCUAUCGUUGCCCGUCAACGUGACCGCCAUGCUACCCCUCUGCGAGAACAUGCCCUCGGGCAUGGCAGUAAAGCCCGGCGAUGUGAUCACCCUCAUCAACGGAAAGGCUCUGUGUAUUAAGAAUACGUCCGCUGUCGGGACAGUUAUGCUAGCCGAUCCUUUGCUUUAUGCCCAAAGCACGUACAAGCCAAAGCUAGUCAUCGAAUUGGGUACGUACUCCUCGGGCACUGUCUACGGGCUGGGUGCUUCCGCGACUGGCCUAUGGACGAAUAAUAGCACACUGUGGCAGCAGUUCGAGAAAGCCGGUUCCAUUUCAGGAGACCGCGUUUGGCGCAUGCCUCUCUGGCAAUACUUCAAGCGUCAGAUCGAGCCCAAUUUGACGUACGAUUUAUGUAACGUUGGGCGGGGGCCCGCCUCCUCUUGCCAAUCAGCGGCGCUGUUGCACAGGAUGGUGCCUUGCCUCGACUGGGUCCAUAUGGAUACCCAGGGCACUGGCUUGACAGUCAAAGAUCCUGUGCCGCCAUAUCUGCAGCGUGAUCGAAUGUCAGGGCGACCAACCCGCACACUUAUCCAGUUCCUGCACCAGUACUCGUGCAAAGCCUAGGUGGAUAACUUCCAUCAUAUAUUUAAUAACCCAGUGACGGCUCAAUGGCCACUCUAAACAUUAGUUAAUGG